AUGGACGAGCAGCAGAUCGAGAGAAACGCCGGCGAGCAUGCCGAGAAAGAGAAAGACGCGCAGAGAGCAGCAGCCUUGCUUGAAGUCGAGGUAGUUCAAGGCCGGGACGGAGAACAGUCGACAACAGAAGCGCGCCUCCUCCCGCAGCUGAAGACAAACGGACAGCCGAAGCGAACGCUUGUCGGAAGCCAGGAGAAAACCGAGCAAAAAAGCGACGGCACGAAAGAAAAAAACAUGCAGAAACGGCGGAAAGUUCCCCCGUCCACUGUUGCAGUCGCGCAGGUGCGAAGCACCAUGAAGCAGAUUGCUGUGUCCCGGUUUCUGGCCUCUGCCUGGAGGCAGUCUGCUGGCUCGCCCGUUCUUCCCUUCCAGAAAAACGGAACUCUUGCUCUCUUCUCUGCAGCCUCGCAGGCGCCCCUCGCUUCGCAGCGAAGAGGCUUUGGAACUUCCGGCGGGAAGUACGAUGUCGUCGUUGUCGGUGGCGGCCCAGGCGGCUACGUGGCUGCGAUUAAAGCCGCGCAGUUGGGGCUGAAAACUGCAUGCGUGGAAAAGCGCGGCACUCUUGGCGGAACGUGCCUCAACGUCGGCUGCAUCCCCUCCAAGGCAGUCCUAAACAUCAGCAACAAAUACGUCGACGCACGCGACCACUUUGAGAAACUCGGAAUCAAGAUCGACGGCUUGAGCGUCGACGUGGGCAAGAUGCAAAAACAAAAGCAGAAAGUCGUCUCCACGCUCACGCAAGGCAUUGAGCAUCUCUUCCGCAGAAAUGGCGUCGACUACUACGUGGGAGAAGGAAAGCUGGACGGAAGCAAUGCCGUCGUCGUGACGCCGAACGACAAAUCCGAGAAACGAACUCUCGACGCCGGACACAUCAUCCUCGCGACAGGCUCCGAAGCCUCGCCGCUCCCAGGAAAUGUCGUGCCCAUCGACGAGAAAGUCAUCAUCAGAGCCCUCGCCCUGGAGAGCGUCCCGAAGCGGAUGGCUGUGAUUGGCGGUGGGGUCAUUGGCCUCGAGCUCGGCUCUGUGUGGCGAAACCUAGGCGCAGAAGUGACCGUCGUCGAGUUCCUCGACCGCCUCCUUCCCCCCGUUGACGGAGAGGUGGCGAAGGCCUUCCAGAAGGAGAUGGAAAAAACGGGAAUCAAAUUUCAACUAGGGACGAAAGUUGUCGGCGCCGACGUGCGCGAGUCUUCUGCAACUCUUCACGUUGAGCCGGCAAAAGGAGGCAAUCCCUUCGACAUGGAAGCGGACGUUGUCCUCGUUGCCGUUGGCCGGCGCCCGUACACGAAAAACCUCGGCUUGGAGGAACUCGGAAUUGAAACCGAUCGCGUUGGCCGAGUUGUUGUCGAUGAUCACUUCUGCGUCCCAAAUUACCCCAACAUCCGCGCGAUCGGCGAUAUCAUCAGAGGCCCUAUGCUCGCUCACAAAGCCGAAGAAGAAGGCAUUGCAUGCGUUGAGAUGAUUGCUGGCGUCGGCGAGGGCCACGUGAACUACGACACCAUCCCCUCCGUGAUUUACACGCAUCCCGAAAUUGCUGGGGUUGGGAAAACCGAAGAAGAACUUAAGGCCAGCGGAGUUCCCUACAACAAGGGCGCCUUCCCCUUCGCAGCAAACAGCCGCGCACGAGCCAACGACGUCGCCACAGGCUUCGUCAAAGUCUUGGCGCACAAGGAAUCGGACAAAAUCCUUGGCGCGUGGAUCAUGGGUCCCGAGGCAGGCGAGUUGAUCGGGCAGUUGGUUUUGGGAAUGGAGUACGGCGCUGCAGCGGAGGACCUCGGGCGCACCUGUGUGUCGCAUCCGACGCUGUCGGAGGCUGUCAAGGAAGCCUGCAUGGCGUGCUACGAUAAGCCGAUCCACAUGGCCUAA